AUGGCUAAAUUUGCGCUUUGUAGAGGGAGCAGAGUAAAAGGGUCAUACUUAAUCUUGGAAAUCCCUGUUACUCUGAAAGCAAUGAAGUGUUUCCUUAUAUUCAAGGACAGGACUAGAACUAGGGAAUACUUCAGGGACGGUAGAACUAGAACUAGGGAUUACUUCAAGGAUGAUAGAACUAGGACUAGGGAGCAAAGAUCAGAGCCAAUUCUGAAAGAGCAGACCAAAUCUGAUAUGUCAGGGGCAGAGAGGGUGAUUAAGUCUUCAUGCUCGGCAGCUUCAUCACGCAGUAUUCCCGAACUAUAUGAGGAGAAGGCUCAAAACUUGAGGGUAUUUUCGUUUUCAGAGCUUAGACAAGCAACUAAUGGGUUCAAUAGGUUGCUUAAGAUUGGGGAAGGAGGGUUCGGGAGCGUCUACAAGGGUUCAAUCAAGACUAAGGAUGGAAAGGGAGACCCAAUUGUAGUUGCAAUUAAAAUGCUUGAUAAAGAUGGAUUUCAGGAUUUAAAAAUAAAGAAAAACACUGGCACGUCUGGCCCUAAGGAUGGGGCAAUUGCCCAUAUGACUCAACAUGAUGGGAUUAAAAGUGGGUUUGGAGAGAGGGGAUUAAAGUGGGUUCAGGGAAGAGGGGUCAUAUAUCGAGAUUUUAAAUCUUCAAAUGUGCUACUGGAUGAGGAUUUCAAGCCAAAGCUUUCAGACUUUGGGCUUGCCCGGGAGGGGCCGACAGAUGGGCAGACUCAUGUCUCGACAGCCAGUGGUGGGAACAUAUGGAUAUGCGGCUCCGGACUACAUCCAGACUGGACAUCUGACAAGCAAGAGCGAUGUAUGGAGUUUUGGUGUGAUCCUCACUGGGAGGCGCUCAUUGGAAAGAAACUACCCCAAAACAGAGCAGAAGCUUCUAGAGUGGGUGAAACAAUUCCUGCAGAUAGUAGGAAGUUUCCCUUGAUAAUGGACCCAAGGCUAGAGAACCAGUUCUCUCUCAAUGCAGCUAGGAGAAUUGCCAGGUUGGCAGACUCGUGUUUGGUGAAGAAUGCAAAGGAGAGGCCUAUGAUGAGUCAAGUGGUGGAUCGGUUGAAGCAGAUAAUGCAGGUCUUGGAUGAAGCAGGCCCAUCUGAUAACGUCUGCAAUGAUGUUGAAGAUGACAUGGUUGACUCAGAAGGGAGCCCAAAGCAAACAGGACCAGUGGAAUCAGCGAAGAGAAGGAUGGCACAGUUGGCAAAGUUGAGCGAGCAUGUCGGGGAAUUCGGAAGGAGGAAAUUUAUGGUCUUGCAGAGGACGAAGCAGCUAGUAUACGCUUUUGAGAUAGUUUCAAAAAUACUAGAGAACGGAGCUUUCGAUAUUUAA